GCUCAUGGGUAACGUAGUUUAGCGGCUGGUUGCCCGACCUUUAGUGAUGGGAACAUUGGUGACAGAGAACUACAUUUCCCUACACAAUUAAGAGCGCCCAACUAAGAUUUGUUUUUAGCUUAGCUUGGACACACGAGUGCAAUUGUAACCGAGGGAAAAAUAAGUUUAAGGUCCUUUUGCAUUUCUUUAAACAUUCUCGCUAACGGCCUGUACCUCCUCAUCUCUCUGGAGUUGACCUGCUGCCAUGCCGGUGCACCGUGACAGGGAGAAGAAGGAGAGUACAGCAGAAGAGAUGGAGGUGGAAGAGCAGGAGCAAGAAGCGUCCAGCUCAGAGGAGGAGGACUCUGACACGUCCUCUGUCUCAGAGGAUGGAGACAGCUCUGAAAUGGAUGAGGAGGACUGUGAGCGGAGGAGGAUGGAGUGUCUGGAUGAAAUGUCAAACCUGGAGAAACAGUUCACUGAUCUCAAAGACCAGCUGUAUCGGGAGCGUCUCAGUCAGGUGAACAGCAAGCUUUCAGAGGUGGAGGCUGGCCGUGCAGCAGAGUAUCUGGAGCCUCUGGCUGUACUGCUGGAGAACAUGCAGGUCCGCACCAAGGUGGCAGGGAUCUACAGAGAGUUGUGCCUGGAGUCUGUGAAGAACAAGUAUGAGUGUGAGAUCCAGGCAGCAUGCCAACACUGGGAGAGUGAGAAGCUGCUGCUGUUUGACACAGUACAAAGUGAACUGGAGGAGAAAAUUAGAAGACUGGAGGAAGACAGACACAGCAUAGAUAUUACAUCAGAGUUGUGGAAUGACGAGUUAUCAGGAAGGAAGAAGAGGAGAGAUGCUUUAAGUCCAGAUAAGAAGAGGAGACGACCUUCAGUGGUGUCGGGCCCAUAUAUUGUUUACAUGCUACCUGACCUGGACAUCCUGGAGGACUGGACAGCUAUCAGAAAGGCCGUGGCCACGCUGGGUCCCCACAGAGGGAAAGCCGACUCCGACAGCCCUGUGUUCCCGUUCAGACCAGACAGAAACAGACCCAUUCUCAACUGCUGAGGAACACACACACACACACACACACACACACACACACACAAUCAUACACAUGCACAAUACAUGCAAACAUAUAACUGACACACAUGGUGGCAUGAACAUUUCUCUCAAUCUUUCACUACACUCUUCAGCUAACAGCGACACCAGUCGGUAAGCUGCCUCUCGUGCCAACAGGCGCACACAAUAAGGACUCACAGGUUUGAAUCCCUUUAAAGGACAACAGGAAUAGAAACAUUAUUUACACUUGCAUGUUAGUUACCGGUACUUUUGGAAUUUUUACUUUUCAGAAAACUUUAUUUUUUUUCAUUCUUUACUCAUUUCUGCAAAUGUGAUGGGGGGGGGGGUCCUGUAAAUCCUUAUAAUAAGAAACCUCUCAAAAUUAUGAUUUGUUAUUCCAAAAAAGUUCUAGAUUAUUUUUAUGAAUUAGAAAUAAACAUUCUCAAAAUGAUGACUUACUUUUCUCAAAUAAUGACUUCUUUGUAUCUCAAAAUAAAGACUUUUAAUGACGUUUCUAAUUAUUUUGAGAUGCUAAGUCGUUUUUUGAGCAACUAAGUCAUUUUUUCGAGAGCCUAACUCAUGAUUUUGAGUCAUUGUUUUGUGAAAGUUUCUCAUUAUCAUGACUUACAGAAUGUUUGGGGUUUUUUUUAUCACAAGGGAUAGUGUUCAUCUUGUUUUUUCCUUUUAUUGACAGAAAUGGACUUCUGUAAAUGUCCCAUGAGCAGACAGUUAUAAGGAAAGUGUGAUACCCUGAGUUCAACCUUUUUAAGACUGAUCUCUGCUGAACCCACUGAAACUCAUUCCAGUAUUCAUUUCAUUGUGAUCAUUUAUUUUAAAAAUUCCUGCGUGCCCAAAAAAACACUAGUGACAGUUUUAUUCUUUAAAAUAGAUGUCCCAGAAUCUAGUGUUUGGUGAGAGUGCCGUUGUCUAUUUAGGUAGUCUAACAGUGUUGGCUGAACUGAAUUUAUUUGGUCUGUUCACAUAGUUAAAAUGAGUUUGAAUCUGACCAAAAAUUGUUAUUAGUACCCAUAUAACAAACACACCACAAGUCACAUGGAUCAUUCUGCUCACCAGCAGUUGAAAAGCCUUUGCAAACAUUUUGGAAGUUAGAAUCUUUAGGUUUUGUUUCACAGGCACCACAUUAUUGUAUGUAAUUGAAAGCACUGUGGUUUUAAAUCCUAAACCUAGAGGGUUAAUGAUACAGCUUCCAAUGACACAUGAGGAAAUGGUGGUUGAUAUAUGAACCUGGUUGAUUGUGCCAUGAGAUAUUUUUAAUUUUUGUACUUUUUUUAUGUGGACCAGUUUAAGUGUUUAAUGAUUACUUUUUGUUAUGGUGUUUUGGAAUAGUUAGCUAGUGAUUGUGUGACACAGUGCCUACUUUGGAAGAUAUUUUAAUUGUCCUGUUGUUUUGUUAAUAAGUGGUGCACUGUGCAUUUGUGAGAGUUUUUAAGUUUUGUUGUGGUUGAGAUGAUCACAGUGAUGGCAGUAUUUACAAUGCAACAUAACUAAAUAUAAUCUAUAAACCAAAUUCAAGGAGGGAGUAUGCUUCUACUGGACACUGACAUUUAAGCCUUCAACUCAGCCUUUACAAACUGCCAGUGCACUUCCUCAUACCAGCAGCAGCUCUGUGUGUAACUGGUGUUAAGAGCGUAGCAAAAAAAACAAAACGGGGAUAUUUCAUUAGAUCCUCUUCUACACCAAAUACAGUGUUUACGGGAUACCUGGGCAUUUUUAAUCUUUUUUUUUUCUUCACCAAACUCUUUUAUAAAAUCCUAUAUUUUUGUUAAUGUAAUUGGCCUUGUCAUAUAGAGCAUCAGUGUAGACCCUCUUUGAUGAUUUUAUAAUACAUCACAAUACAAGAGUUGGGACUUGAUAUUUUUCUAUUAAUUUGACAUAUAUUUAAUUGAAAGCUGCACAAAGACGCUAUAUUUUUGUUGAAACUGAUAAACUAUUGUUUUUGUAAAUACACACUUUAAAUUCUGAAUUUGAUGCAUUCUGUUUUUAUUUACACAGCAUCACAACUUUUUAAAAUUGGGGUAGUAACUGAGGACCAGAUGUAUUACAAACAAGAAAAAUAAAAAGUCAAAAUGCCAAGGUAUCCCUUUAAAAUGGUUGUUCAACAGGUUUUCCGGUUACAUUAUCUUCUUAUGCAUCUACCUCUUUUCUAUCUGAAGCCGUUGCUCACUCUUUAAAGUAUAAACCACAUUUACAUCAUUUCACAUAAAACAUAACAAAUGCUUCCAUCUUUAUGACCAUUCUGAUAGGAGUUGUUCAGUGUAUUAUGGUUAAAUGGCUGUGCAGAGUUGUUAGGAUUUUUUUGAAAGCCAACUGUGAUGUUUGAAUAAUUGUACUGACAGACCAAUCGUUCCCCCGCCCUUAAACCUUCACAGAUACAACCAACUGGUUAUAAAGGAUAAUGAACAAACAAAUACCAUUUAAUAAUAUUGAAAGCAGAGGGUUUUGAAGAUAGUGGUGGCGGGGAUGUUAAAUAUUCAAAUCACUAUAUUUUUUUCACAGUUUAUGUUGAAAACUGUCAGGUACAUUUGUGUCCUUGUUGAGGGGGGACUUUUACAAUUAAAAGUUGUUUUAUAAGAAA